AUGAAUCCCGCAGGUGUGGCUGAGGACGCGUUCACUAGCCUUCAGUUCCACAUGAAUGAUUUGUUAACACUCGGAGCAAGUUCUAUUCUUCUCUAUCCUGUCUACAUCAGUGCAAAGAAGAAAGCAUCCGGAAAAAUCAACAUGAAGUUCUUCUCUUUUACUUUGACCGCUCUUAUCCUUACCGGAUUUUCUCCUCUACUUGCGUUCCCAAUUGAAUCAUCCCUUCGCACCUAUGACUUACUCCCCGAGUGUUCACCGUGCCACAAAGGAAGUGAUUGUGAGCAGGGCAAAUGUUGGGGUUCUCCCCUUAAAUGCACUGAUGGUUCGUAUGAGUCGCUGAAGAAUUGCUUCGGAGCUGAGUGCGAUGCUUGCUCAUCUGAUUUGCAAUGCGCUACACUGAAAUGUUGGAACAAGAAGUGUGUCUUUGAAGACAAUGUCGACAAAUGCUUUAAGAAGAAGGAAUGUGAAGCUUGCAGCAGUGGUGAAGAGUGUGAACAGGGCAAGUGCUGGGGCGGUAAAUGUACUGAUGGAUCCACUGCAAGCUUGGGAAAGUGCUUCGCUCCGGAAUGUAGCUCUUGCUCAUCUGAUUUUGACUGCGCUACCAAGCUCUGUGAGAAUCACAAGUGCAUUUUCGAUACCGCUGAAUCACGUGCAAAGUGUUUCAAGAAGAAGGAGUGCGAGGCAUGUUCGAAGGACGAGGAAUGCGAGCAGGGCAAGUGUUGGGGUGGAAAAUGUACGGAUGGAUCUGAGACCAGCUUGGAAAAAUGCUUCUUGCCUGAAUCCCUUGAAAGGGAAAGCUCUUGA